GAGGAGAAGAGAUAGGAAUAGAGUAGAAAAAAAAGAAGUUAAUACACAGUUACUUAAACCAUAUCAAUCAAAAUGUUGCGCAUCAUCUUCCUCUUAUCUCUCCUUUUUGCUCUAUCCAAUGCCUCUGUUCAAGACUUCUGUGUCGCGAACCUGAAAAAGGCUGAAACACCUGCUGGUUACCCUUGCAUUCGUCCCAUUCAUGUCAAAGCUAAGGACUUUGUCUUCUCCGGCUUAGGCACUCCUGGUAACACCACAAACAUCAUUAACGCUGCAGUCACGGCCGGUUUCGUUGCUCAGUUCCCUGGUCUGAACGGUCUAGGCCUCUCUACAGCUAGACUUGACCUAGCUCCUAAAGGUGUCAUCCCAAUGCACACUCAUCCUGCUGCCUCUGAGGUUCUCUUUGUCCUUGAAGGCUCCAUUACCGCUGGGUUUGUCUCCUCUGCGAACUCUGUCUACGUGCAGACGCUUAAACCAGGACAGGUCAUGGUUUUCCCUCAGGGCUUGCUUCAUUUCCAGAUCAAUGCCGGAAAAUCCGCUGCUGCAGCUGUUGUCACUUUCAACAGUGCUAAUCCUGGUUUGCAGAUUCUCGAUUUCGCACUCUUUGCUAACAAUCUUCCCACUGACCUCGUUGUGGGUACUACUUUCCUUGACCCUGCUACAGUCAAGAAGCUUAAGGGUGUUCUUGGAGGAACUGGCUAAAAAAAAGACUUGUGCCUCCUUGACUAAAACAACAACGCCUGUUUUUUUUUUCUUUCUCUCUUUGAUGGAUUCUUGUCUUCUCUGUUUUUGUUUUCCUUGUAAUUCUUCCAAACCUGUCAACAUUAUUACAUUGUAUGUGAGUUUUUUCAAUUAAAGAUCCUGAGUUGGUCUCACCGUUCA